UGAAAUGUCAAAACAUAGAUUACCCACUGAAUCCAAAUAUGUCAAACGAAAAAAGAUAGAAAUGAUGGUUUAAUUGUUUUUCCGGUUUUCCGUUCAAAAUUAAUGUUUAGAAAUGAUUCAGCUUCUUUACAUUGUUGCAAGCCUACAUUUAUUACUUUGUCCAUUCACUAAAGUAGAGGAAAGUUUUAAUAUUCAGGCUGUGCAUGAUAUUUUAUAUCACCGACAUAACCUUUCAGAGUACGACCACAAUGAGUUCCCGGGAGUUGUGCCGCGAACAUUUAUUGGUCCGCUCAUUAUUUCGAUGCUGUGUUCUCCAGCUGUUGGUGUUUUAUUUCUUUCUGGGUUCAAUAAAUUUUGGGUCCAAUACGCGGUUCGCUUGACCCUGGCACUGACAGUAAUUGUAACAUGGAGUAGACUAAGGAAUGUGAUACAGAAACAGUUUGGAAACACUUUUGCCUGGUGGUACUCGCUCAUCACAAUCACUCAAUUCCAUUUCAUGUUUUACAUGAGUCGACCAUUACCUAACAUAAUGGUAUUACCCUUAGUGUUGCUGGCUUAUGAGGGGUGGUUUUCUGGUAGCAACAAACAAUUCAUAAUAUCAGCAGGUGCAGCUAUUGUAAUAUUCAGAUCUGAGCUAGCAAUGCUCUUUGGAUUAUUCCUCAUUAUGAAUUUGUAUACAAGAAAAAUAGACAUUAAGACGCUAUUCAAAAUAGUUGUACCUGCCGGAAUUGGUCUGAUUGCCAUAACAGUGAUCAUAGAUUCCAUAUUCUGGGGUCGGCUGCUGUGGCCCGAAGCGGAAGUUUUAUGGUACAACACAAUCUUAAACAAAAGCUCAAAUUGGGGCACAUUACCAUUCCUAUGGUAUUUCUAUUCAGCUCUGCCCCGUGGCCUUGGACCAAGCUUUAUACUCAUUCCAGUCGGCGUUUACCUAGACAGAAGACUUGUACCAGUUAUAGCCCUAUCUUUUUCUUAUAUACUUCUAUAUUCGUUUCUUCCACACAAGGAACUUCGAUUUAUUAUUUACGUGUUUCCUUUGCUCAAUUUGGCUCCAGCAAGUGUUAUUUCUCAUGUAUACGUGCGGAGACAAAAAGCGCCUGUUUAUGAAUUAUGUUUUUGGGCAUCAAUCUUAGUUCUCAUCGGCAACUUGAUUAUGACUUUAGCUUUCGUUUUAGUCGCUAUGACCAAUUACCCAGGUGGUGCAGCAAUUACAAGGUUCCACAAAUUGGUGAAAAAUGAGCCAUACGUGAAUGUACACAUUUGCAAUCUCGCGGCUCAAACUGGAGUUUCUCGUUUCACUCAAAUUCACGAUAAUUGGUUGUAUAAUAAAACUGAAAAUUUAGAACCACAUCAGCUCGAAGACUACACUCAUCUCUUAAUUGAAGCUAAAAGCAAAUAUUCAUCGAGUGUCAAAGCAUUAUCUGAAAGCCACGAAAUCUUAGAUAGCAUUGAAUCGUUUUCACAUAUCACUAUAAAUUAUAAGUUUAUACCACCAAUAAAAAUAAAGACAAAACCUGCCCUGUUCAUUUUAGAGAGAAAGAAUUUUAGAGAAUAUCCAUAUGGGCUAGUGAAAGAUGAUGGUAAUCUGCCAUAUAGUAUUGAAAAUGAAAUAUUAACAAACGAAGAUUCACUGGAACAAAAAGAGUUAUUAUAUGACAUAAAUGAAGAAAACAUUGAAACUCAUGCCUUAGAUAAUUCUCAUGAAGUUAAUGAGAAAAUUGUUACAAUAAAAAACGUGGAACAGGUAACUAAUGUGUUGAUAGUAGAUAGUACUGCUCCUGAUGUUCCCAAAACAUCGGAAGAUCUUAAAGAAGAUGUCUCAGCAGAAAUCAAAGAUAGGUUAACGAAAGAAGAUUCGUCAAAAUUAAAAGCCAAAAAAGCCUUUGAUGACUUAAAAUUGUUAAGGCAAGCCAGGAAAAAGAAAGCCAUUGAAAAAAUUAAAACGGAAACUCGCAAAGAAGUCGUUCAAUCGGCAAAAGAUAAACUAAGAGAAAUAAUGAAACGCCACCAACAUAUCGCUGAAGAAAUAUCAGAAAAAAAAGAUAUCAUAUCAGAAGUGUUAGUUUUGGAUGACUCUGUAAGUAAACCAGAAGAAGACGGAAGAGGAGAUAUACCGGAAUUAGAAGAUGUACGUGGUGAAGAAGAGUUAGAAAAUCAAGAUCAUACAGAACCACCCAAAGAAACAUUGGGAAACAUAGUUGAACUAAGCGAAGAAAAUCCUACGAACGAAAAUCUAGAUGCUAUAGUAGAAGAGGUUAUAGUGAGACUUAUAGAUAGAAAAAUAUAUGAUGAUAAAACAAAACCAGAAGAUAUUAAGGCUGAAGAUAGAAAGAUGAUACAAAAAAUUGUAGAAGAAGUUAUCUCUGAACGAAUGAAUUAUACUAAAAGUGAGACUUGAUUAAUGUAAUAUAUGUUGUUGAAGUUUGUACAUCUAUAUCUAUACUAAUAUUAUAAAGAGGAAAGAUUUGUUUGUUUGUUUGUUUCGAAUAGGGUCCGAAACUACUGGACCGAUUUGAAAAAUUCUUUUUUCAUUAGAAGCCGACAUUGUCCCUGAUGAACAUAGGCUACUUUUUUAAUUUUUUUUUAUUUAUUUUUUUGGUUUCAUGUGUGUUUUAAUGUUUCCGAAGCGAAGCGAGGGCGGGUCGCUAGUCUUUACUAAAGUAAGAUCUAUUUGUUAUUUGUCUCUCUCUGUCAUAGUUCACAUAUUGAUGAUGACCUUACGUUUUGUACUUAUUGUUCACAAGCCCAGGUUUUUUUUUUACUACUUUGUAAGUCUGUUGCUCAUUUUAUAGUUGUUCAUGAUAUUGCUUUGUAGUUAUAUUAAACAACAGUUCUUGUAUACUUAUUGUUUUAAUGUGAUUUGUAUGUUAUAGUGUUAAGGCUAAUGUUGCAUUUCUUGCUUUUAAAUAUUCGUUUUUCUAGUCAAGUAUCUCGUUAGUUAGUUCUAUGCAUCGAAACUUUGUUAUUAAAGGUGUCUUUAUAUUUGUUCAUGGAGUCAUCAAAUGUCCAUAACACUCAUCCUUCGUGUCAAUUACAUUUUUAAAGGAAAUGUGAAAUUCUAAUGUCUAUAGUAUCUAAUGAAAAAUUUUAAAUGUCGAACCUUAAGUGAUUAGAUGGUAAUACGUUUUACGGCCAAGAAAGUUUAUGGUACUUUUUUGUAGUUUUAAUUUUUAUGAUUUUCAUAAUGUUGUGUAGUUUGUAUAUCAAUUGUAUUUUAUGCUGAAUUUUAUUAAAUAAAAACAGAAGAUAUGUGUGUUGA